GAAAGUAGCGAUGACGUUAUUCUUGUAAAGCAAGUCAAGCUCCGAAAAUAGCAGUAGCUGGCUUCGAACAAAAAAAGAAGUAUAUUUGGAGUGGCGUUGGAUUGGGAGUUGGAUAGGUCCUGACCUUUCCAUAAGAGCAGCCGAGAUGCCACAGAAGUAUGAUGUGGAUGAUGAGCCUAUCGCUCAGCAAACUGUGCCCUGCCAAGGGCUGAGAGAGGAACUGAAAACCUGCAUCAUGAAUAGUCCAUGUGUCAAGGGCGGCCGCCUGCCCAAGGACUGUCUCACCCACCCGGAUCACACCGUCCCCGACGAGUGCCUCCAGCUCAAGUGGUCCUUCUUCGAGUGCAAACGGUCGCUGCUGGAUGCUCGGCAAAGGUUUCGCGGUCGCAAAGGCUACUAGAUUUAUUAUCUCGUCGAUAGUCUUUCUUUUCAGUUACGCAAACGAUCGUAUGAAAUUGGCGUCUGAUUGCUUCAUGUCGAUCUUGGCGCCGAAGAUUGCUGCUCGUGUCGUGUGUCGAGAGUGUCGAGAGGGGCUGGACUUGUCGUUUUCCAAGCGAUUCAGUCCGUUCGGUGAUGCGUGACUUGGGUGCCUACCUGUGAAUUCGAGUGAAACUGUGAGGGGUAGUCAACGGAACUGUUGGAAAUCGUGAUUUGUUUGUGUUAAAUAUAGUUAGCGACAUUUGUAAA